GGCGAUAGUCACCUGGCCCGACAAAGAUUGUCGCCAGCCACUGAGCAUGGCCAUGUAAUAAGUAAUAACCACUCUUAGCAAGUGACGUGAAACACAACACCUUACCGACCACCACCACCUAUUUACCUCAUAACCGCACUCCUCCCUCAACCUCUCCAAUCCAUUCUUUAUCCUCAUUGAUUCAAACCCAUAUCUGCAAAUUUCCCCAAUCAUGGUUGGAUCCAAUGGGCGUUGGCCUUCUCAAUCCAUGUUGGACAAAGUAAGACAAAAGGUUGUAGAAAUGUCGGGCAGAGAUAGAGAGGAAGUAAGGUUUGCCGUAUCGCCUUAUAGGAUUUGUCCACUGGGAGCUCACAUCGACCAUCAGGGUGGAACUGUUACAGCUAUGACAAUCAACCAUGGUAUAUUACUUGGAUUUGUCCCCUCUAGCGAUGCUCAGGUUUAUCUACAGUCUGGACAGUUUAAAGGUGAAGUUAGAGUCAGAGUUGAUGAGGUUGUGCUUCCCAUUCACAUAGCUAAGUCAAGGGGUUUGUGUGUUGCAAAGGAUUUGUAUGAACCACAGAUUGAAGAAGCCAAGUGGGGAGACUACGUCAGAGGUGCUUUGUAUGCAUUACAAAAGAGCGGAAACCAUCUAACAAAGGGUAUCACCGGUUUUAUAUGUGGUUCUGGAGGUCUUGACAGUUCAGGUCUGAGCUCUUCAGCAGCAGUCGGUGUAGCAUAUUUGUUGGCUCUAGAAAGUGCAAAUAAUCUCUCCGUGUCUGCUACAGAAAAUAUUGAGUAUGAUAGAAUAAUUGAAAAUGAAUAUUUUGGUCUGGAAAAUGGCAUAUUGGAUCAAUCAGCCAUCUUGCUUUCAAGCCGUGGCUGUUUAACUUGUAUAAAUUGCAAGACCAGAGAGUACAAACAAAUACAACCCCCAACAUCACACGAUCAUCCGAAAACAAAGUUUCAAAGUGCAUACAAGAUAAUGUUGGCAUUCUCUGGCCUCAAACAGGCGUUAACAGCUAAUCCAGGAUAUAAUCGACGAGUCUCUGAGUGUCGGGAAGCCGCAAGAAUCCUAUUGAAGGCGUCAGGAAGUGAAAUAGCUGAACCUAUCCUCUCCGAUGUCUCACAAAAAGAUUAUGAAGCUCACAAGAAUAAAUUAGAAACGAACUUGGCCAGAAGAGCAGAGCAUUACUUCUCAGAAAAUAACCGAGUUGUCAAAGGAGUUGAGGCAUGGGCUUCCGGAAACAUUGAGGAGUUUGGGAAGCUUAUUACAGAAUCUGGUUUAAGUUCUAUCCAGAACUAUGAGUGUGGUUGUGAACCACUUAUACAACUUUACCACGUCCUGCUAAAGGCUCCCGGUGUAUACGGAGCAAGGUUCAGCGGUGCAGGGUUCCGAGGGUGCUGUGUUGCCUUGGUGGAAUCCGAAAGAGCAGAAGAAGCAGCGGCCUUUGUCAGGAACGAGUACCCCAAGCUCCAAAUGGAUUUGGUGACACACCUCAAACGGGAAAAUGCAGUCUUAAUAUGCGAUGCUGGUGAUUCUGCUCGAAUUAUCUGAUAAUGAUCCAAGCAGAGCAGCCAGCAGUUUGAGCUCCAUCCUCCUAUAUCGUAAUUCUCUUCCCAAGUGCCAAGAGCAGCAUAGUGCUGUUCUACAAAGCAGCAAAAAAGGUGCGCAGUGGAAAGACAGUUGUGGGGCGCCAAAAGCUGUCAAGUAUUUUUGUCUAAUUAAUCAAGGAAUAACCUAAUACUCCCCGCCUGUAUCUUAUUUUACUGUCUUUUUUACGAUCUACUCAUUAUUUAGUUGAUCAGUCUACCUCUUUUAGAAAUACAGCAGCUCGUCAGUAGUCGUCAAAUGCUUUGUACCUAGGAAAAAGUCAACUUGAUCAUUAAGCUGGAAAGUAGUACGUGUUCCCAUUAAAACGUCUAUUAAAAAGUCAAAUUCUAUUUAAUCAAUUGUGGAGUUGAUUUGAAGUUUCUCAUUGAUAUUUUAAUGCAAGA